CCUUGAGGGAAGAAUGGCGGCGCCAGUGGGGGCGACGGUGGCGUUAUGUCUUCGGGGCCACGCAAGGCCGGGACUUCUGUUUUCAUCAUUACGGUUUUUAAGUUCCCCAGCAAAUGAUGACAGAUCUUCAAGCUUUCAGCCUCCAUCAAAACCUGUUAUUGUAGAUAAAACUCAGUCAACCACAUCACAAAGCAGAUUUGUAAGUCCAGAGUUCAUAAUGAAAAGAGGGAGGACGAAUCCAAUGAAAUUCAUCAUAGAGAGAAGGGACAUGAUUCAGAGACGGAAAGUACUGAAUAUACCAGAAUUUUACGUAGGAAGUAUUCUAGCUGUUACAAUGGCAGAACCAGGUGAUAACAAAGCUAACAGAUUUGUUGGAAUCUGCAUCAAAAGAUCAGGAAAAGGAUUAGGUGCAACUUUUGUACUCAGAAAUAUCAUAGAUGGGCAAGGCAUUGAGAUCUGCUACGAUAUGUAUAGUCCUCAAAUUCAGCAGAUUGAAGUGUUGAAGCUAGAAAAAAGACUGGAUGAUAACCUAAUGUACCUGCGUGAUGCUCGGCCAGAGUACAGUACAUUCGAUUUUAAUAUGAAGCCUGUGCCCCACUCUGGUUCUGAGGUCCCCAUAAAUCCACUAAAAGUUAAAAUGAAGCCCAAACCAUGGUCGAAACGUUGGGAACGUCCACAGUUCAAUGUGCAGGGCAUACGCUUUGAUUUAUGCCUCACAGAAGAGCAAAUGGAAAAAGCCAAAAAAUUUGAUAAACCAUGGAUUAAAUAUGAUAUGAUGAGAGAAUAUGACACAUCCGAGAUUGAGAAAAGUAUUGAGCUGGAAUUGCAAAAAGAGCUGAAUAAAUGAAACAUUCUAGGAUUGUUCUUUUAUGGCCCAAGAGUUGAGCACGACCAACGUAUUGAACACUUGUCUAACUGUUGGUAACAGAAACAAAAAAUGAUUUGAGUUUUUGACAAUUUGUUACCUGGAUAGAAAUUGUAUUCGUAUUUAUAUUAGCUACAGAAUUCAACUUUAAGAAUA